CGCUGUUUAUCCUGGGUAGCACGAAUCUCGACGCGCUUACGAAAGGAAUGGGGAAGAGGGAAAGGGCUGCUCAUAGAUGCGAAGGGAAGCGGUAGGAAUUGGUUCCGUGAGGAUUCAAUCUACUGUUGGCGCGUUCGAUUCUGUUCCGAAGGUUUGUUCAUAGAGAUUUUUGAAUUGGAUAUUGGCUACCUGCAACAUUUGGGAAUCUCUGUAGUUUAAAAAGGAUGGAUUCUGAUAUGGUGAUGGAAGUUCCAGAUACUCCUGAGAGGGCUUCAUGUACCCGUGGAAUUGAUGAUAAAACAUCUUCUUCUAACCAUUAUUUGGAGCCAGUGACCCGAACCUACUCUCGCCAAAUGAAGAAUUCUACUCUCCAUGGCUUUAAUGGUAAUGGCAUUACACCUGCGGAUAAUGAUUUUUUGUUCUCUCAAGCCAGAAUAGCUCGAGUUAUUUCUGAAAUCCCUCAUAAUGAGACGAAUCUGAAGACUAUUGAUUUGAGUGAGGAUACCCCUAUUAGAUGCAGAAGCUCAAGGAACAAGGAAGAAGAGAAGCAUCUAAGCGGGCAGAGAGAAAGAAAUCAAAUCACUGGUUAUCGUAAACCUGGUUUAAGUUCAUCAGCAUCAAUGGAGGUUCUUAGGAAAGCGAAGCAUAUUGCAAGCAACUCAAAAGAUUUUGUUAGCUCCAGUAACACUGAUGAGGCACAAAAUCCCAAAUUUCAAAAGACUAUUGUUCAAAAACUGAACUCACAAGCUACUAAUGAGCAGAGAAGUUCUUCCAAUCAUGACAUUGAUGCAGGAGCUGGAGCUGGAGUGGGCACAGUUUCUCGACCUAUCACGAGGUCAACAGAUCUUAGGCCCGAAGAGUUGGUUUUGCGAGUAAAAAAUAUGGGGCAUAAGAGGCUAGUUCGUAAUGGGUGCAUUUCUCCAUCCAACGUAGCAAGAUAUAAGAAUGAUGCGAAGGAUAAAGGGAUUGACGCACGAAAUGCCGUUUCAAUUGAAAAGCAUGACAAUAACUCUUGUCAGCCUGUACACCGAAUGCGUUCUGAAGGCAGGACUGCUGAUAAAGGGAAAGGAAAGGAAGUAAUGAAUGAUGAGUUUUUAGGUACUUCUCAACUUUUUGUAGCCAGACCACCAUACAGAAGAUCUUGCUUGAUGCCUCAAAUGGACGUCACCAUCAUUUCAGACAUGGAUUAUGACACUGAUAGGAUUCAGAUUGAUGGAUUUGAGGGAAAACAUAGGCAUUUGGGAAGUUCAUCUCUUCUUCCUUCUCAUGCUGCCCAUAUUUCUGAGGGCAAGAAUAUGUCUCAUCAUUUAUCUAAUUCCAGGGGUGAAAAUACAAAAUAUGCUCUUUCUAUUGAUAUCAAACCCGAAGAAAAUGCCUCACAAUCUGGACGAAAUAUUACUCGAGUUCAAGGAUGUUUCAAAUUGAACUCGGAAGCUCCACCGCUUACAGGGAAACGUAAAAUUAACUUUAUGCCCUCAAAUGCUGGCGAAUGUUCUAGCUCAACUAUUGAUAGCCCGAGGAUAUCAUAUGAUCGAACAUUCACUAAACCUUCAUACCAAAGAUCAACAAGAAGCCGGAAAUUAGUGAGAGUUGAUACCGAAUUAGCUCCAAUUGUAGAGAUUGAUGAAAUCGAAAGUAAUACCCAAGAGGGAACCCGUGAACGUUUAGAUGAAUCUAUUGCUAGAUCUAUGCAACUUGAGUCGGAUGAGAUACUAGCUCGACAGCUCCAAGAACAAUUCUACCUGGAAUCACCAACAGUGGGAGCUAUAGAGAGAGAGGCCUCCCUUCCUCCUUUGUUGGGAAGACCAAUAUUUCCUAAUUCAUCUACAAGGCAGACUUCACGAUCACGAACAGAAAAUCGAGCUGGCCGUUUAAGGAGAAACAUUAGUAGGCCUACCAUGAGUUUGGAAGAGAGGUUUCACUUUCUUGAAGCCCUUGAAGCUGCAUUUGAAUAUGACAAUGGCCUGGAUACUCCUGUACAUUUUUUCGACGCACAACGUGAUUUUAACGAGAAUGAUUAUGAGAUGUUAUUGGCUCUUGAUGAUAACAACCGCCAUCUUGGUGCAUCUGAGAGGCAGAUCAACAGAUUGCCUCAAUCCUUAUUCCAGAGUACUGAUUCUGAAGAAGCAUGUGUUGUUUGCCUUGAGACUCCUGUUGUUGGUGAUGCCAUCCGUCAUUUGCCAUGCUUGCAUAAAUUCCACAAAGAUUGCAUUGACACAUGGCUUAGAAGGAAGCGAUCCUGUCCAAUAUGCAAAUCUGGCAUCAACUGAGGAAAUUCCAUGCCUUGCCUGCAUUAGAUGUUGAAUAACACCUUAUUGUUCAGUCUAAAAGUAGAGCCAAUUGGUAUACAAGUGGAAAUAGAGAUAGAGAUAGAGAGAGAGAGAGUUUAGAAUGUUUCAUUUAUUGCUUCUUUAUAUUAUUUCUCUCUCUAGUUUUAUAUGCCAUUUGGCAUUUUAAGAAGUAGAAUUUUUUUUUGUUUUGUUGUUUUUUUGGU